AAAUUCAAAUAUCUGGGGACUGUAUUUUUCACAUGUUUUUGCCAAAACAUGGACAAUGUUGACACAAGGAAAAUCCAACGAGGUAAAAGACAAGAAUCUAGAGAGAGAGAAAUGGAGCGUUUGAUUAGAGAGAGAAAGAAAAUUGUCUGAAAAAGUGGGUGGAGAGGGUGCCUUUUUUCUGGGAUAAAACAUUCACUUUUGCUUCUGUUUUGGUCAGUUUUUCUGUUACUUUUUUUUUAAACUUUUUGUCUGUAAGAAAAUUCCUUUUUUGAUGUUUUUUUCUAUUCCAACGGAUACCUUCACUGUUUGCAGAGAUGCAGCUGGCGUCGCCGGGAACAUCUUUGCUUUUGGGCUGUUUGUAUCACCCAUACCCACCUUUAGGAGAAUUAUCAGAAAUCAAUCAACGGAGCAAUUUUCAGGAUUGCCUUACAUAUAUGCCCUCUUGAACUGCUUGAUUUGCACGUGGUAUGGCACGCCCUUAAUAUCUUAUGAUAAUGUACUGGUUAUGACAGUCAAUUCAAUUGGUGCAGUUUUCCAGAUAACUUACAUUAUCCUCUUCAUCAUCUAUGCUGAUAAAGAAAUAAAGAUAAGGAUGCUUGGACUUCUACUGGCUGUUAUUGGCCUUCUUGCAAUCAUUAUUGGUGGGAGCUUGCAGAUAGUUGACAGAAAAGUACGGUGGAUCUUCAUAGGAUUACUAAGUUGUGCUUCUCUCAUAUCAAUGUUUGCUUCGCCAUUGUUUAUAAUUAAUUUAGUAAUUCGAACAAAGAGUGUUGAAUUCAUGCCAUUCUUUCUCUCCCUAUCUACUUUCUUGAUGAGCACCUCCUUCUUCAUAUAUGGCAUCUUCAACUUGGAUGGCUUUAUUUAUGUUCCAAAUGGAAUAGGAACUAUUUUGGGGAUUGUACAACUGUUGUUGUACUUCUACUACAAAAGGAUAUCCAUUGAAGACUCUGAGGAACCACUCAUGGUGUCACAUGUGUAACAAAUGCUUUCUCUGGGAAAGGUAACUGCUUAUGCGUUUUGUUUCUAUGCCAAGGGUUUUUCAAAGAUGUGCAGUUUUGAUUUUGAAGCGUAUAGUGAUGGGAAUCUUGAUGUAUUAUUUCAUUUGGUGUGUCAUUCCAAAAAUGUUCCAAUUCUUGUGUAUUACUUUCAUCUGUAACAGACAAUAUCUAUGCUUGUCUGCAUGCAUGACUAUAUGAGUGAAGUAAAAAGGUGAUUUCAGUUUAAGAUUGACUGGACUAGAGAUUUGACUUAAGAAGUUAUAAAUUUGAACUCAAAAUGACUUUUAACAUAAGUGUCAAACUUAAAUAACU